UCUUUUGUUUUUGUUCUAAAUUUUCGCAGCGUAUUUUGCCUAUCGGGUUAACAAAAACAACAAAUAAAUUCUAGUCAUCAACCAAGCAUUCAUUCAUCAAAUCACAAUGUUUGCCUUCCGUCGUACCCUCAACAUGGUCGCUAAUCCCCGGGCGCGUUCAAUGAUGAUUCGUGACGCUUUCAAAGCGAAUUUUUCCAUCAGCUCUGUGACUUAUAUGACUUGUAAUCCCGAUCAGAUGGCCCAAAAGAUUGCCGCUGGACCCGUGGUCGAUAUCCUCGGAGAUGAGAUGACUCGCAUCAUCUGGGAUGCCAUCAAGAAUAAGCUCAUUCUGCCAUUCCUCGACAUUGAGUUGCACACAUACGAUCUGGGCAUCGAGUACCGUGAUCAGACCGAGGAUCAGGUAACCAUCGAUUGUGCCGAGGCCAUCAAGAAGUACAAUGUGGGCAUCAAGUGUGCCACCAUCACUCCCGAUGAGAAGCGUGUCGAAGAAUUCAAUCUGAAGAAGAUGUGGAAGUCGCCCAACGGCACCAUUCGUAACAUUCUCGGUGGCACCGUUUUCCGUGAGGCCAUUAUCUGCAAGAAUGUGCCGCGUCUGGUCACCGGCUGGCAAAAACCCAUUGUCAUCGGUCGUCAUGCCCAUGCCGAUCAAUACAAGGCCACCGAUUAUGUGGUGCCCGGUGCUGGCAAGUUAACGCUGACCUGGAAGGGUGAGGAUGGCCAGAUCAUCGAAGAGGUCAUCAAUGACUUCAAGGGACCUGGUGUGGCCCUCGGCAUGUUCAACACUGAUGAUUCCAUUGUGGACUUUGCUCAUUCUUCGUUCAAAUUUGCUCUGGAUCGCAAGUUCCCACUCUACAUGAGCACCAAGAACACCAUUCUGAAGAAGUACGAUGGUCGCUUCAAAGACAUCUUCCAGGAACUGUACGAUAGCACCUACAAGGCUGACUACGAGGCUGCCGGCAUCUGGUAUGAGCAUCGUUUGAUCGACGAUAUGGUUGCCUACUGCAUGAAGUCCGAGGGUGGCUUUGUCUGGGCCUGCAAGAACUACGAUGGUGAUGUCCAGUCCGAUUCCGUUGCCCAGGGCUUUGGCUCGCUGGGUAUGAUGACCUCGGUGCUGUUGUGCCCCGAUGGCAAGACUGUGGAGGCUGAGGCCGCUCACGGCACAGUGACUCGUCACUACCGUUUGUACCAACAGGGCAAGGAGACUUCCACCAACUCGAUUGCUUCCAUCUUUGCCUGGACUCGUGGUCUGUUGCACCGCGCCAAGCUCGAUGACAACACUGAGCUGCAGGCCUUUGCCGAGACCUUGGAGAGGGUGUGCGUCGAGACCAUUGAAGGUGGCGCCAUGACCAAGGAUCUGGCCAUUUGCAUCAAGGGCAGCAUUAGUGCCGUGGAGCGCAAGGAUUACCAGGAGACCUUUGAGUUCAUCGAUACACUGGCCAAGAAUCUGGAGGCCGCUCUCAAGGCUAGGAAGUCGCAGCUCUAAGCAAUCACAAACACACAAGCUCUCAUCCUUAAUCCACGUUCGUCAUUUGCUUGUACAUAGUAGUAUUUGUGAAUGUGUAUAAAUGUCCUUUAUUUGGCUCUACGUUUCUUGUA